UUACUGUUCCCAUAACAGGCAUCUGUAGUGGGAGGAAAGUAGCAGAAUCCAGUGGCAGCCACCAGAACUUCAGAAAAAGUUUUAAUGUUCUUCUGUACAAGAGGAUAAAUUUUAAACCCACGUUCUUUGGAAGAAUCAGUGUUUUAUCCAUCACAUCACGGUUCAGUUUAACUUCCCAAAAGCGUCAAAGGCAGUCGUACAAAUGUCUACCACAAGACUAAAGUGUGAUAUGUUAUGUUCUUUACCGUAAGCACCCAUAAAAUGAGCUCCAUUGCAGACAGUUUUUUCUCUUGUAGAGAUGAUAGUAGCAUUUUUGAUGGGCUGGUGGAAGAAGAUGACAAGGAUAAAGCAAAAAGAGUGUCUAGAAACAAGUCUGAAAAGAAACGUAGAGAUCAGUUUAAUGUUCUCAUCAAAGAACUGGGUUCUAUGCUCCCGGGCAAUGCUCGAAAGAUGGAUAAAUCCACUGUACUGCAGAAGAGUAUUGACUUUUUACGGAAGCACAAAGAAAUCACUGCACAGUCAGAUGCCAGUGAAAUUCGACAGGACUGGAAACCAACAUUCCUUAGUAAUGAAGAGUUUACACAGUUAAUGUUGGAGGCUCUUGAUGGUUUUUUUUUAGCAAUCAUGACAGAUGGAAGUAUAAUAUAUGUGUCUGAAAGUGUAACUCCCUUACUUGAACAUUUACCAUCUGAUCUUGUGGAUCAGAGUAUAUUUAAUUUUGUCCCAGAGGGAGAACACUCAGAAGUUUAUAAAAUACUGUCUAAUCAUCUGCCGGAAAGUGAUUCAUUGACCCCAGAAUAUUUAAAAUCAAAAAAUCAGCUAGAAUUCUGUUGCCAUAUGCUACGAGGAACAAUAGACCCAAAGGAGCAAACUACAUAUGAAUAUGUAAAGUUUAUAGGAAAUUUCAAGUGUUUGAACAAUAAAUAUGAAAAGUUGAGCAGGAGAGGGGACUACCAGAACUGCUAUAUAUUUUUGCCUAACUCAGCACACAAUGGUUAUGAAGGAACUAUUCAGCGGUCCCAUAGGCCUUCAUAUGAAGACAAAGUUUGCUUUGUAGCUACAGUAAGGUUAGCUACACCUCAGUUUAUCAAGGAAAUGUGUACUGUUGAAGAACCCAAUGAAGAGUUCACAUCCAGACACAGCUUAGAAUGGAAGUUUCUGUUCUUGGAUCACAGGGCGCCUCCAAUAAUAGGCUAUUUACCAUUUGAAGUUCUGGGGACAUCAGGCUAUGAUUACUAUCAUGUGGAUGACCUAGAAAAUCUGGCAAAAUGUCAUGAACACCUAAUGCAAUAUGGGAAAGGAAAGUCGUGUUAUUACAGGUUCCUGACAAAGGGGCAACAGUGGAUUUGGCUACAAACCCAUUACUAUAUUACUUAUCAUCAGUGGAAUUCCAGGCCAGAGUUUAUUGUCUGUACGCACACUGUAGUAAGCUAUGCAGAAGUUCGAGCAGAAAGAAGGCGAGAACUUGGUAUUGAAGAGUCUCUUCCAGAGAUAACAGCAGAUAAAAGUCAGGACUCUGGGUCUGACAAUCAUAUAAAUACAGUAAGUCUCAAAGAAGCUUUGGAAAGAUUUGAUCGCAGCCCCACACCUUCUGCUUCCUCCAGGAGUUCAAGGAAAUCUUCUCAUACUGCAGUCUCAGAUCAUUCAUCGACACCAACAAAGAUGACAAUGGACACUAGCACACCUCCAAGACAAAAUUUAUCUGGCCAUGAAAAGACUACACAAAGAAGAUCAUCACUUAGUAGCCAGUCUUUAAGCUCUCAAUCCGCUGGACAACCAUUAGUACAGCCAAUGAUGUCUCAGUCUUCAUCUUUACAGAUCCAGCCAGGCAUGUCCCAGCCUAUGUUUCAGUUUUCAGCUCAGUUAGGAGCUAUGCAGCACCUGAAGGACCAAUUGGAGCAAAGAACGCGAAUGAUAGAGGCAAAUAUUCAUCGACAGCAAGAAGAGUUGCGGAAGAUUCAAGAACAGCUUCAACUGGUCCAUGGUCAAGGACUUCAGAUGUUCUUGCAGCAAUCACCUCCUGGACUAAACUUUGGUUCUGUGCAACUUACUUCUGGAAACUCUUCUAACCUUCAGCAGCUUACGCCAAUAAAUAUGCAAAGUCAGGUUGUUCAAACUAAUCAGAUUCAAGGAGGAAUGAAUACUGGGCAUAUUAGUACUCAGCAUAUGAUACAGCAACAGCCUUUGCAAAAUACUGUAACACAGCAUAAUCAACCAAAUGUACUUAGCGGACACAAUCAACAGACUUCUCUCUCCAAUCAAUCACAGAAUACACUUUCGGCCCCCUUGUAUAACACUAUGGUGAUUUCCCAGCCAACAACAGGAAACGUUGUCCAGAUUCCAUCAAGCUUACCACAAAACAAUAACCAGAGUGCUGCAGCCGUAACCACUUUCACACAAGAUAGACAGAUCAGGUUUUCUCAAGGUCAGCAGCUUGUAACAAAAUUAGUCACUGCCCCUGUAGCAUGUGGAGCAGUAAUGGUACCAAGCACUAUGUUUAUGGGGCAGGUGGUGACAGCCUACCCUACUUUUGCUGCACAACAGCAACAGGCACAGACAUUAUCAAUAACUCAACAGCACCAGCAGCAACAACAGCAAGAGCAGCAACAGCAGCUCAGUACAGUUCAACAACAAGCUCAGACUCAGCUGGCCCAGCAUCCCCAACAGCUCUUACAGACGUCCAGGUUACUUCAUGGAAACCAGUCAGCUCAGCUCAUUCUUUCUGCUGCUUUUCCACUACAACAGAGCACUUUUACUCAGUCUCACCACCCGCAGCAUCAAUCGCAGCAACAGCCACCGCAGCAACAGCAGCAGCAGCAACUUUCGAGACAUAGAACUGACACCAUGACUGAUCCUUCCAAAAUUCAGCCACAGUAGCAUGAGGCUCUGCUUCUUCUGGAAGCAAACUGCAGGGAGGGGCUGCUCCAUUAACAGUUGCACUGAUGAUAGUAGAGGUAGAAGUCUGAAGGCUUUAUAAAAUACAGUAUUGAGAGCUCUGCUUCUAACUUCUGGAACCUGUUUGCAGAAGGUAAUAUUGCAAGAUGCUAUUGAGGUACCUUAGGUAAAAGAAGAUGGCAGGGACAAGGCCAAGUUUGACAGUGUUUUAGUUGCCCCAGUGUCUGUGGUGUUUUAAAGGAUAUGCUGCCAUGUUUAACUUGUCCAGAUCCAGUCACAAACCCUAAGUGAACUGAAAGGGCACUAAAAAUGUUGGUAUUUUUUUAUCAGUCCUGUAAAUUUAUAAAGUGUUACAAUGGACAUGCUGUUGCUGUAGCAGUUGUUUGAAUUUACUUACAAUAAUGCUACACAAACAGUCCAAAAGACAUGACAUUUUUUUCAGAUUAUUAUGGGACAGUAAAUAUUUUCAAAAUAUUGUGUGGAGUCAAAUUCUCUAUUGUACAGAUGCUGUAAAAUAUUGUGUAUAUGUCUGCAUAAAAGGAGAGAGAGCAAAAUAUUUUAUAUGAUGCAUGAAAAAAGUAAUCUGUUAUUUGUAGGUUUGAAUAUGUUUCCCUAAAUUCUCCCACCAUGCUCAGACUAAUAUUUUCCUCUGUUCUACCCCUUGUUUACAACAUGAUGCAUCAUAAUUUUCACCCGUAGUAUGGGCACAAGUCUCUUGUUUGUGCUUUGUCUGUGAUGUCACGGUUUGUUCAGUGAGGUAUGGUGUGCUGGUUAGUUGACUUUUUGGGGUUAAAUUAUUGAUGAAACUGUUUGAACUGACAGUCAUGUUUCAGGGUUCAAAACGUUCGGAUCCGUAAAUAUCAUCCAUCAUUUCAUAAUUAUACAUUGUUUUUAUUGAAAAAUAGGAAUUUGCACUGCUUUACUGUGGAUGGUUUGGAAUUUUACUCCCCAAAGCUAUCUUUUGAUAUAGUUCAUAGUUGGAAAUAUUUAUGUAAAAGGUUUAAAAAAAACUAUAUGAAAGUAAUUUUCAAGAAUGUUUCAGUUAUAGAAGUAAUUUGCACAAAAAUAUAUUUACAUUUAAUAAUGUUUUAGGCACUUUUUAAUCACCUUCUCUGUGGUGAGAAUUGUAACUUGCUAAAAUAUGUUGGAAUCUUUUUAUUCUCCUUUCAAAAUUAGACGUUUCUUUAGUCAGAACUGAUUCAGGGUCAUUUUAAAAACAAAAAAAAAAACAACAAAAAACCCAUAGUGCCUUGAUUUUAAUUCAGGUGAUAACAUUGAACAUCUUGAUUAUGUUGUCUUGAAUCUGUAACCAUUUACAAUUUUGAAGUCUUGGUACAUUGUCAACAAAACCUGUGUCUGCUGCAUAGCUGUUUCUCUAUAGUAUUAAUUUAUACAAGCAUUUGAACAGUCGUCGGAGUUGAGAUCCUGAGCAUUUUUUAAAAGAGUGGAACACCAUUCAAAUGCUAAUCUGGAACAGAUAUAUGAUUUACCUUGAAAGUGUUCGAAUAGUAAAGAGAAUCACUCUCUAGUGCCUCCAUAAGAGAGAUUAUUAAUUUAGGGAGAACAUAAUCUGAGUUUUUUCAAAGAGAUUAUCUUUGUUUUGAAUUUGAUAGGAAAAUAGGUAUUUAGGAUUGCACAGGUUAAUACUAUCAGAUUAUUGAUAUAAAAGGGAUACCACUGAACAAAGACUUCAGAAGGCAAACCUCACUUUAUAAAGAUGAUAAAAAGUUCCAACAAAUGAUGUACUAUUUUUAAAUCAGCGCUCAGUAGAUUUUAUGGUACUAGAUUUUGAAAACUACAGCUGCAGAGCAAAAUGAAUAUAUACAAAGAUGGACCUAGUAGUUUAAAAAAUAACAAUUAAAACAUAAUAAUGAAAAGUAAUAUUAAAGAGGGAAAGGUUUUAGAGUCAAGCUGAAUUACGUCUGAGUAUUAGGGAGGAGUUGUAUGAAUGUAACCAAAUAGUGGUGGAAUAUUUCAUAUUGGGAAGUUUGAUUGUAUUAUUGAAUGAACAAAUGCCAC